CAUUCGUCCAACUGAAAGGACAAUAAGCCAACGCUAAAAUUUAAUCGGCUUAUAUAACUCGUGACAAAGAUAUUGGAAAUUGGAGGAUUUAGUGCCAAAGGCUGAUUGAACGAAGCGGUGUAUACUAACUGUCGCGGUACCAAACCGUACACACCAAUUUCAAUCAUGCUUCAGUUGGAUCCUACGCUUUUUGAAGACAUUCCAUCUUCCUCUAACGCUUCAACAGAAUACGAAACAGUCAAUGAUGAAGUUCAAAUUGACCUGGCAAAUUAUAUAUCAAACUACCAAGGAUAUAUAUACUAUCAGCGCCUCUUUUUUAUUGCUCAGCGUUGCCCUUCCCUACGUGUUACAGCGCUGCGCCUCGCUCACGAUUACAUCAAAAAGUCUACAUUAGAUAGCUCUGCAUACAAUAAAAUCUUUCUAAUGUUAGCAGAGCAAGCAAACGUUUCCUUAGCUAACUCAUCAGCAUCCGGUGAGACUUCUAGACAACAACAGCAGUCGGCUUUCACUAUGCGCCUUAUUACGAACAAUCAUCGUUCAGAUGGCUUGGGUUUGUCCAGCUCAGAUGAAUUAGGCGUAAUCGGUUCCUCUCUUACGGAAGCUGCUAGAAAUAUUUUAACUGAUGUCAUGUCCGGAAAAAACGAAGCCAAUUUGGUUUACGAUGCAAAAUGGGAAGAGUCAACGAGGCGAAAAGGUGUUAUGCUUUUGGAACAAUUAGACACAGAAUUAAAAAAUCAUAAGGCGAAUUCAAUCAAAGAGAGCAUACGUCGUGGUUCUGAUGAUCUUGGUGAUUUAUAUUUACAAUUAGGUCAAUUAAGCAAUGCAAAUAAGUGCUUUACUCGUUCCCGAGAUUAUUGUACAUCUCAACAACAAGAAUUAACUAUGUGUUUAAAUGUUAUCAAGGUGGCUAUAUUUCAACGUGCUUGGUCUCAUGUUAGUGCACAUGUUACUCGCGCCAGCAGUUUAUCUGAACUACGUGAUACAGCUCCAUUAUUAGGUGCAAAUGCAGCCGAACUAAACGCUCAACAACGCUAUCGUACUGAAGCUCUAGCUCGUUUGGGUACAACACGUACAACAACUGCUGGGAUAACCGGUGAAUCCUCCACACGUAGCUCAGAUCCUUCAAGCCGUAUUUUAUCUCGACAACCUGGUGAUAGUUUCGGAGGACAUAUUCCUGUAUCAGGUGGCCAAAGCUAUCGUGAUGCUUUAGCUCAAGCCCGAACUCAGCUGGCUAUCGCAGCUGGACUAGUUGAAUUAGCUUCUCGUAACUAUAGAGGUGCUGCAAUGAAUUUCCUUCAGGUUAAUCAUGAUCAUUGUGAAUCACCGACAAGUCGAAUUGUCACUAUAUCAGAUUUAGCAUUUUUCAUUACAUUAUGCAGUUUAGCUACAUUUGAACGUACUGAAUUAGCUACAUUAGUACUGGGUAAUACAUCAUUAAGAUUACUGUUAGAAGCAGAACCUGCUUGUCGUGAUAUGUUACAAUCAUUUCAUCAAGCCGACUAUGCAUCGUGUUUGGGGCGAUUAAAUAAGCUGAGAAAUAUUUUACGAUUAGAUAUAUUUUUGUCGGAUCAUGUAUCUGCAUUAUGUCGAGAAAUUCGUUCACGUGCCCUAUGUCAGUAUUUCAGUCCAUAUUCAUCAGCUGAUUUAAAUUUAAUGGCUAAAGCAUUCGAUACCAAUGUAGCUAGUUUGGAAAAUGAAUUAGCAGUACUUAUUCAAGAUGGCAGUAUUAAAGCUCGUAUUGAUUCACAUAAACAACUUCUUCGUGUUCUUGAUGUGGAUCAACGAUGUUUAACAUUUUCUCGAGCUAUACGUCUUGUAGAUGAAUACAAAAAUCGUACUCAUUCAAUGAUACUUCGAAUGGCAUUAGCUCGUCAAAAGUUAACUGUUAAGUCAACAAGAGAUGAUAUUGAUCCUAUGUAUCAUUAUAUGUCAUAAAAUUAUCGAUCGUUGAAUUAAUCAUCAUUAAUAAUAAUAGUAAUGCUUAUAAACUAAUGAUAGUAGUAUAUUGUUGUCAUAGAACUAUUUGAAUUUCUGUGAUGGAUACAAACUAUCUGAGAACUUCAAGUCAAUGAAAUGGAAACACACAAUGAUAAUUUGCUUUUUACCACAGAUUUACAAUACCCGCCCAUGAUGAUGAUGAAAAAGACUGUAGAAAUGUUAUCCUAUUUUUUUUUCCCCAUAUAGAAAUGUUAAUUAACGCAUACUGCUUACUGCUUACUGCUUACGGCUUCUAUCCAUAAAUUGUCCUCUAUUAUUAUUAACGACGGUGACACAUGAUUCAUUCAUUUGUACCUAUUUUUCAUGUUGAAUAAUUUUCUAAAACUAUCUAUCAACUUACAUCCUCCUCCUCCUCUCUACAACUUUGUCUUCAUCCGGUUUUCCUAUUCACCAACUCUGUAUCUAAUAAUGUACACAGCAGCACACUUACAUACCAAGUUCUAUAAUAUGAUGAUCCCAUGUUGCUUACAAAAAUUUACGAUUGAUCUAGUGUUGUAUUUUCUGGUUGGUAUUUCUUCAUUUUUAGCUUUUAUUAUUUAAUUGUAUAAAAUGUUGAUGCGAGUUUUGAGUGUUAUGAUGAAUUAGUUUUUGUAUUUUGUAUUUGUAAAAAAGUGAUGUUUGUGUGUUUUUGUUAGCGUUCCUCUCUGUUCAGUUCAUUAUUUCAAAGUAAGAGAUGAUAUUUGUUUGGGACCUGUCAUCCUUAAUCACAAGCAAGUUGUGUAAUAGCUAGCAAGUUGUGAUUUGCCUUUGAAGUCAAAUUUUAUUAAGAUAAACUCAACAAGACAGCUGUUUGAUCCCUAAUUUAACA